AUGUCGAACGACGGCGACAUUGCUCAAGUACCUGUGAACCUCCCACCUCAAAUCGAAGUUCAUGAAGCAGAUACCGAUCUCCCUCCGCUACACCGAAACCAACAACAACUCUUGUCCCCCGGUGCUCUCCAUCCCGCUCGCCCCUCCCUCGACGUGCCGCCGUCACCGACACCCACUUUUCUAUCGAACGACGGUACGAUAUCCGUGCCGCCAUCUCCCACUCUUUCGAACAAGUCCUCCGUUCAUUUCCAAACGUCGCUCGCUUUACGCGACAAUAAGCCAGAAGCUGCGAGCGGAAUGGGCUCGCUCGCCUUGCUUUCCCCUGAUAGCAAUGUUGGAGAUGCCAGCGGCGCAUCUCAUGCUCGGAAAAGCAGUGUUUCGACCAUGGUAAGCAGUGAAGGCACGGAACCAGAUCACCAACGGACAGACAGUCAUAACCUCAUGAAUGUAAAGUCCAACACAACCAGUUUGACUCAUGUGGAUGGGCUGCAGGAAACGAGGCGUUCGCAGCUAGACGCGUCUGUGACGUCGGAGACUGAAGCCAAGGCGAAGAAGAUGUCAAAGAAGGAAAGGAAGCAAGAGGCGGAGAAAGAGGCGCAACGCGCUCAACUGGAGCAGGAUAAGACCGUCGAUCCUACGCCCUUUGCGUUCAGGCCUUACGAACUUGCGCACAUGCUGGACCCCAAGAGUUUUGACACGAUGAGGGCGUUUGGCGGCUCCAAGGGUCUUCUGAAGGGAUUAGGCACGAGCGCCACUCGUGGCUUGAAAUCCGACACCUUGAAGCGCACACCGACACGAAAUAGCUCCGGGCUAGGGGCAGGUGAAGGUACUUCCCACCGACAUGAUCCGGAAAAGGCGGGCCCGCCUGGUGGUCCUGGCGUCCCUGGCAUCAUGCUCACAGAUGCCGACGGCGAGUCUGGUCGACAGCCCGUGCAACUUUGCGCGGACGGCGGAGAUGAUGACGAUGAUGACGGUCCAGGCGAUUCGGGACCGGCCUUUGAGGCCGACAUGGCGACCAGGCGCGCAGUAUACGGUGAAAAUCUACUCCCCCAUAGGCCAUCUAAGUCGCUAUUCAGACUUAUGUGGGAUGCGCUGCAAGACAAAGUUUUGAUCAUGUUAUCGGUUGCUGCGGUUAUAUCUCUGGCGCUUGGGUUCCUCCAGGACUUUGGACCUUCUCGAGAUCCAACGGAGCCUCCCGUUGAUUGGGUCGAAGGUGUGGCUAUUAUUGUGGCUAUUGCUAUUGUGGUUCUUGUUGGGUCACUUAAUGACUGGCAGAAGGAACGGCAGUUCCAGGUACUUAACGAAAAGAAAGAUGAACGCUUCGUCAAGGUUAUUCGCAACGGAAUUGAGCACUUAGUGGAUAUUAAGGACAUCUUGGUUGGAGAUAUUGCGUUGAUUGAAUCCGGUGAAAUUAUCCCAUGCGACGGCGUUUUCCUUAGUGGGCACAAUGUCAAGUGCGACGAAUCGGGCGCCACGGGCGAGAGUGAUGCUAUCCGGAAAUUAUCGUUCGAGGAAUGCGACAAGAUCUUGCGCGAGCAUGGCGAAGAGGGGAAAGACUCUGCGGACCACGCCCUCGCACACACGGAUUGCUUCAUGGUCAGUGGCUCGAAGGUCUUGGAAGGUGUCGGUUUCUACGUUAUUGUCGCCGUCGGUCAGAAGAGUUUCAACGGUCGCAUCAUGAUGGCCCUCCGAGGCGAUGCGGAAAACACACCAUUGCAGUUCAAGCUCAACAACCUUGCGGGACUUAUUGCGAAGAUUGGCAGUAUUGCGGGUUUAACGCUAUUCACGGCUCUCAUGAUCAGGUUUUUUGUUCAACUUGGCACAGGCAGUCCCGCUCGUAACCCUAGUGAGAAUGGGAUCGCCUUCGUGAACAUUCUCAUCAUCUCGGUCACCUUGGUGGUUGUGGCAGUGCCUGAAGGGUUGCCUUUGGCUGUGACCUUGGCGCUGGCUUUCGCUACCAAGCGCAUGACAUACGAAAAGCUCCUAGUCCGUGUUCUUGGGUCGUGCGAAACCAUGGCAAAUGCCUCGGUUGUCUGCACGGACAAGACAGGUACGCUUACUCAAAAUGUCAUGACGGUUGUGGCUGGGUCGGUCGGCAUCAAUUGCAAGUUUGUGCGUCAAUUGGAAGAGAAUCAGGCGAGGACGAACGUCGGCGAGGAACCCGGCCUCAAACAUGGCGAGAAGAAGAACUUGAACGACUUCUCGAUCGACCAGGAACACUUGAACAGUGUACUCUCGCCUCAGGUUCGCGAUGUAUUUAACGCGGCGAUCGCCAUCAACUCUACUGCUUUCGAAAACGUGGAUUCGGAGACUGGCGAGAAGGUGUUUAUUGGGAGCAAGACGGAGACAGCGUUGUUGCAGUUCGCGAAGGAGUUGAAUUGGGCAGAUUUCAAGCAGACGAGGGACAGUGCGAAGAUUGUGCAGAUGGUACCGUUCUCGAGCGAGCGCAAGGCUAUGGGUGUGGUCGUUCAAUUGGACAGGAAUACCUGGAGGCUUUACUUGAAGGGCGCCAGCGAGAUCUUGACGAAGAAGUGUACGCGACACGUUGUGGUCAACCAGGACGGCUCUUCGAACUCUACGGAUGCCAUCGAGACGAAGGAAAUCGGCCCAGCAGAAGCUGAAAACAUCUCACGGACUAUUAUCUUCUACGCCAAUCAGACACUUCGAACUAUCGCGCUCUGCUACCGUGACUUGUCAUCUUGGCCUCCAGCCGGCAUGCGACUUGUCGGCACUGAUGAGGUUGAGUACGAGGACAUGGCCACCGAUCUUACUCUCAUUGGCAUCACUGGUAUCGAGGAUCCCCUUCGCGACGGUGUAAGAGAAGCUGUGGCGAAAUGCCAUCGCGCUGGUGUCACCGUCAAGAUGUGCACGGGUGACAACGUCCUUACGGCUCGCUCCAUUGCUCUCCAAUGUGGCAUCUACACUCCAGGCGGCAUCAUCAUGGAAGGCCCUGUCUUUAGGUCACUCUCCCAACCGGACCGGAUCGAAAUUGUGCCUCGUCUGCAGGUCUUGGCUCGUUCGUCCCCAGAAGACAAACAAAUCCUUGUAGAGACGCUUAAAUCUAUCGGUGAGAUUGUUGGUGUUACUGGUGACGGUACCAACGACGGACCUGCUCUCAAGACGGCUCACGUUGGAUUCUCAAUGGGUAUCGCCGGUACUGAAGUUGCGAAGGAAGCAUCCGACAUCAUCCUCAUGGACGACAACUUCUCGUCGAUCGUGAAGGCCAUUAUGUGGGGUCGCUGCGUCAACGACGCCGUUCGCAAAUUCCUUCAGUUCCAGAUCUCCACGAACGUCACGGCUGUGAUCAUUACGUUUGUUUCUGCUGUCGCCUCUGAUGAGGAAGAAUCCGUUCUCUCCGCCGUGCAGCUGUUAUGGAUCAACAUCAUUAUGGACACAUUCGCUGCGCUUGCUUUGGCCACGGACCCCGCUUCCGAAGCGCUUUUGGACCGCAAACCCGACAGCAAGACGGCGCCUCUCUUCUCGGUCAAUAUGUACAAGCAAAUUUUGCUUCAAUCUGUAUAUCAAACGAUCAUCAUUCUCAUCUUCCAUUUCUUGGGUAUUCGCAUCCUCAGCUUUGAGGACACGGAGCACAAUCGCGAAAUCCUUCGUACCCUUGUCUUCAACGCUUUCGUCUUUGCGCAAAUAUUUAACUCGGUCAAUUGUCGUCGCCUCGACAGGAAACUCAAUAUCUUCGAGGGCGUUCUCCGAAACUGGUACUUUAUAGUUAUCACAUUCAUUGAGGUCGCCAUCCAGAUUUUAAUCGUCUUUGUCGGUGGCGCUGCUUUCCAAGUCACUCGCAUGGGGGGCCGUGAAUGGGGUAUUUCUAUUGCUCUUGGCGUCGUUUCUAUUCCUUUGGGCGUCCUUAUCCGUCUGUUACCCAACGGACCCUUCGAGAAACUCUUCGGUACAGUCGGACUCCUUGGUAAGAGUUACAAGCAAGUUCUUCCAUCCACGAAUCCCGAUUCCGAGUGGAACGCUGCUAUUACCAUGGUUCGCGACAAUCUUGGAGCCUUCGCCAAUAUUCGCGGUGGGCGCCUUCGUUCGUCUUCAUUCGUUGUUAAGAGUCGGUCCGCCCGCGUCGCCCAAGACGCCGAACGAGUUGCUGUGCCAUCAUUACUCGCUAUGGCACCUUCUCUCAUGGCCUCUACCAUUGGCGCUGGUUGGGCUCCCCAGAAGCAAACUGGAUCCCUUUCGGAUCCUGCCGGCACGGACCCUUCGAAGUCCUCAGCCGCCCUAUGGGAAGGAAAACUUCAAAUACAUCCAGAGACUGAUCCGACCGACCCAGCAAUCCAACGAUUUGGUCUUCGACCUUAG